UUCGCCAGUUCUGUCUGUAGCGUUCAGUCUUAGCUCUCACCAGUGAUCAAUUCGGUUAAUUUUCUUAUAUUUCUCCCUAUUCUGAUGCCUGCCAAUGUUGAUUCGUUUGUAGCAUUAAAACAGCUGUGCGUCUUUAAACUAAUUGAAUUAGGGUCAUACAUGUUACUUUUUCUAUUACAGUGACAUUCCAAAUUAGUGGAUUUAAAUAUGGAAAAAAUAGGAAAAGCACCGUUGUAUAGCAUCAUGAACGGAAUCAUUUAUCCUUCUAUGUUCUCUCCAACAUGUUUUAGAGAAGCGCUGUACUACAAGGCUCAACCUAAUGACACCUUUAUUGUUACUUAUCCUAAAUGUGGCACAACUUGGAUGCAGCAUAUACUCAUGUAUAUUUUCCGCAAGGGCGAAGAACUGAAUAUCGGAAAAACAGGUAACUUGGACGUGUCGGAAUUCAUCAAAUAUUGCCCAUUCAUCGACAUGUAUGGAUUUGAAGGCAUUCAGAAAAUGAAGAAACCCGGAUGUAUUAAAACGCAUCUACCCUACAACCAUCUCUCAUUGUCCCCUGAAGCAAAGUACAUAUUUGUUGCGCGGAAUCCAAAAGAUUGCUGUGUAUCUUUUUAUCAUCACGCACAAAAUCAUCCAGGCUUUGGAUACUGGGAUGGCAAAUUUAAUCAUUUUUUUGAACUUUUUAUGGAUGGGGAAUUGGAGUACAAUGAUUAUUUUGAUCAUUUACUCUCUUGGUAUCCCCAUCGUAAUGAUUCGAACGUCUUUUAUACAACAUAUGAAGAGAUGAAAAAAGACAUUAGGGGCGUUGUUGUGUCUGUUUCGAAUUUUUUGGGUCAAGAAUACUCUGAAGCAAUCGAGAAAGACAACUCUGUUCUCAACAAUAUCAUUCUGUUCAGUAGUUAUGAAUACAUGCAGAAACAUUAUUGCUGGCCAAGCCUUUCCGGCAUGAAAGAGUCGAAUUCUGAAACUUAUUCUGGAGUUAAAUACGUAGCUGAGUUCGUCACCAGUUUGGAUUUACCUUCUAGGGUUUUAGCAAAAAGCAAUGUUAGAAAAGGUGUUGUUGGAGACUGGAAAAACACAUUGAGUUGUGAGCAAAGUCAAAGAUUGACAGAAAAAUUUUUUGAAAAAACAAAAGACACUGACAUCAAAAAUUGGUUUUCUGAAGCAAUUUUGUAAGAAAGAAGUAGUUUUAAAAAAAUUAAAUAAUACUAUUCGAUAGUUAAAAAUAGGAAAAGACAAAUCAAUGUCAUAGUGAAUUUUUGAAAAUUGUUUCCUAGGCCAGUGAUUACCAUAAAGUGAUCCUCGGAAUAGACCACGUCCAAAAGUAAUACCUUUUAAUUAUGCGGGAUGUAAUAAUGUCGUAUUUAAAAUAUCGAAAUCAAGAAAUACAAGUGGAAGUGACAGAAACAAAAUAUUCAUAAAGCAUAAAAUUAUUUUGUAACCAGUAAGUCAAAAGGGGAUUUUGAAAAACUUGUUGACAAAUAAUCGUUACUCAAAUCCAAAUUUUGAGUGUCUUUAUAACAUUGUGUGUCGUGGUGUGUAAUUAAACUUAUCGAAAAAUGAGAAACCAUUCAAAAAUAUAUAAAAAAGUUGUCUGAACAUUAUAAGAACUUGCUAUGGAGUCAUUGUGAAUUCAACAGGUUAAAGAGUGAUAAAUUGAAAUUCAAAAUUCGUAUAUUAAAUUACAUCGGAUUAAAAGACAUCGUAAUUUGGGAAACCACGUGGAAAUGAUUAAAUAACGCGAAACAGGGAGUUGCACGCUGCAAUCUCCCUUCUAAAAUUAACUCUACAUUGAUGAUUUUAUGUAUUAUUGAUGAUGGUAUGUUUUUAUUGGUGGUGGCAAAUAAGUUUCACUUAAAGUGGGAAUUUCAGUUAGUUUGAAAUAUUAUUAGUAUAGUUCUUAUAUCUAAUAACUUUAAAGGCAUAUUUAUCUGAAUAUGCCUUUAAAUAAACCUGCGUGAAUAAACAAGUAAAUCUUUUAAGUUA